UGCCAACCUGUGCUAAGCCCUGGGGCAACAGCCUCCUGUUCUGGCACAGCACCGCCACCCACCUUGGAGGAUGGAAGCUUGUUACUCUCAGGACAAGUAUAAUGUCACCACAUACAAUGUCUUGGUGGUGACCAUCCUGUCCCUGCAGGCAUCUGCUGGCAUGUGGAUAAACGCUUUCAUGGUUUCUGUGCUUUGCAUUGCUUGGGUCAGAAAGAAAAGCUCCAACUCCAAUGAGAAGAUCUUGCUCUUUCUGGGAUGCUGCCGGUUCUGGUAUUUGUGUAUCACAUUGGUGUUUCCCUUUAUUGGAAAUAUUUUUCCCUCAUGCUUUUAUGUUCACCCCAUGCUCCAAUUAGUUGCAGCCAUUGAAACCUUUUUCAAUUGUUCCAACCUGUGGGUUUCUGCCCUCCUUUCUGUUUUUUACUGUAUCAAAAUUGCAAAUUUCCGAUACAGCUUCUUCAUCUACCUGAAAGUGAAAAUUGACAGGAUCGUGCCAUGGGUGCUCCUGGGUUCUGUGCUUUUAUCCCUGAGCUUCAGCAUCCUCAUAUAUCAGAUAUUUGAUGAAGCAGUCUGUGACAACAUCAACUGCACCACCACAGGACGUCUCUGGAAACUGAAUAUAAAUCUUCAUCAGCAUUUUUUCCCCUUUUAUUUCCUCAGUGGCUUCGCAUAUGCCAUUGCAUUCACAGCAGUCAUCUCUUCUGCCCUUCUCCUCCUCUUUUCUCUCUGGAGACACAAACAUAAGAUGCAGAUGAAGUCACUGAAGAACAUCAGCGUGGAUGCCCACAUCAAAGCCAUGAAAUCUGUUAUGUCCUUUUUCUUCCUGUACAGCAUCAACAUUUUCUGUUUUGUCUUGGGAAUGGUUUAUACAUCAAAGACGCAAAGUGCUGUUCCAUCUGUCAUUCCGUUUCUAGAACAUGCUUUGCCAGGUGUUCAUUCUCUGAUCCUGAUUUUCAGCAAUCCCAAACUGGAAAAGACACUGCUUAGGACCCUGUCCUGUGUCAAGUGCAAGAUUUGCAUGAGGCAAGAAAUGUCAUAA